AUGGAAGGAGAGCAGAGGAGGCGACACCGCUGCAACCCCCUGAGCCGGGCCGUCGUGCCCUCUGCUCCGGGCCAGGCUGGCACGGGUUCCGGGGCCCCCCGCCCUGACCAAUGGUUUCCACUCCGGCCUUCCACUGCUCCUUGGGCCUUGUCCAUGUCCCUGCUCCUGUGGGGGCUCCUGUGGAGUCCAGGACCAUCCCUCUGCCCGACGGCAGCCGCGCCCUUCACGGUGGGCAUACUGGGGCCGUGGGAGUGCGAUCCUGUCCUGGCCAUGGUCUUCCCUGGAGUGGCAGCCCAGCUGGCUCUGGAGCGGGUCAGCCAGGACCUGUCCCCGAGGUGGGGCUUCCAGAUGACUUAUGAGGUUGUCCCCGAGGCCUGCCAGACGCCCCAGGCCCUGGCGACCUUUGCUGCCCGCAGGAGCCAGGUUGCCGCGUUUGUGGGUCCAGCUGUGCCCGGUUACUGCAAGGCAGCGGCGUUGCUCGGGCAGACCUGGGGCGUGCCCCUCCUGUCCUGGGCGUGCAGCCUGGAGGACUCCACCCAGACCUCGGGCCUCGGGGCCCUGGUGCCAACCCUGCCCCCGGCUGGGACCGUCCUGCUGACCUUCAUGGGGCACUUCGGGUGGGCUCACGCUGCCAUCGUCUCCUCACACCAUGACAUGUGGGUGGACACCGGCCGCCAGCUGGCCGCCGCCUUCAGGACCCAGGGCAUCCCAGGGGUCUUGGAGGCCUCCCUGGGGCCCAACGGGCAGGGAGUCAGCAAGACUGUGCAGCGGCUCAAAGGAGCAGACAGACUGAAAGUGGUGGUGCUGUGCAUGCACUCAGCGCUGGCUGCCGGAGGUGAAGACCAGGCCUCCUUCCUGACCGCGGCCCACGCGGCAGGACUGACGGACGGAAGGCUGGUUUUCGUGCCCUAUGACGCCCUGCUCUACAGCCUCCCUUACCAAAACCGCUCCUUUCCUGCACUGCGACGGGAUUCCCAGCUCCGGAGGGCGUACGACGCGGUGCUGACCAUCAGCCUGGAGUCCGGAAAAGAACCCUUCCAUGAAGCCCUUGCGGCUUCCCGGGCAAGGGGGGAAAUCACUGCCGAUUUGGACCCCGAGCAAGUCUCCCCGUUGUUCGGCACCAUCUAUGACUCUGUUUACCUGCUGGCCUACGCCCUGCACCGUGCCCCUCAUCUGGGAGUCCCCCUGGCCGGGCCCGGCCUGGUCCAGCUCCUCGGCUCCCUGGACGUGGCUGGCUUCAGCCGGAGGAUCCGCACAGACGAGAAGGGAGUCGGCCGGGCUACCUAUGUGGUCCUGGACACAGAUGGCCGGGGAGAUCAGCUCUUCGCCACCCACGUGCUGGACCCGUCAGGCCCAUCUGUGCAGGCCUUGGGCAGAACCAUCCACUUUCCCAAAGGGGGUCCGCCUACCCCAGACUCCAGAUGUUGGUUUCAUCCAAACACUCUCUGCACCCAAGGUGUGAAGCCAUGGACCGUGACCUUGGCCGUGGGGCUCCUGGCCCUUCUGGGGCUCUGCGGAUUGGCCGGUGGGUGCCUGGUCAGACACUGCGUUCUGCGGGUCCGGCUGGCACGUGGAUCCAACAAGAUGGUGUUGACCCUGGACGAUCUCACAUUUAUCGACCCCAAACUGAGCCAAAGGAGGUUGAACCCAGACAGCCUAAGUGAGACCAGAAGUGUCUCGGACGGGAAGAGCUUGAAGUCUAGAGCGUGGUCACUGUCCGGGAGAAGUGUCCAGGCUGGCCCGGAGACCCCCGAUACGGCGUUGUUCAGGGGAGACUGGGUGUGGCUGAAGAAACUGGAGCCUGGCUCUUCCCUGGAGCUCCUCCCGGAGUCCACCAGCUUCCUGAGGGAGAUGCUGAAGCUGCGCCACGAGAACGUCAACCGAUGCCUGGGCUUCUUUUCGGGCUGUGGGGUCCCGGCCGUCGUGAUGGGGUUCGGCUCCCGCGGUAGCUUGGAGGAUCUGCUGCGGAACCGCAACGUGCGGCUUGACUGGGCCUUCAAAGCGUCUCUCCUGCUGGAUCUCAUCCAGGGCAUCCGCUACCUCCAUCACCGCGGCUUCCCCCACGGACGCCUCAAGUCUCGGAACUGCGUGCUGGACGGGCGCUUCGUGCUCAAGGUCACCGACUACGGAUUUGAUGCCUUCCUGGAGACUCAGAGAGCCUCCCGGCCCCCGCCCCCAUCGGAGGAGCUGCUGUGGACAGCCCCUGAGCUCCUGAGGGAUGCCCAGCAGGCCAGGCGUGCCACCCUGAAGGGGGACGUGUACAGCUUAGCCAUCAUCAUGCAGGAGGUGUUGGUGCGGGGACCACCCUUCUGUGGCUCGGGGCUGUCGGCUGAAGAAAUCCUCCAGAAAGUGGAGGCGCCCCCUCCCCUGUGCCGGCCCACGGUACCCCCCGAACUCGGGCCCCCGGAUUGCAUCCAGCUGAUGCAGCAGUGUUGGGCGGAGGCACCUGAGCAGAGACCUGCCCUGGAUGAGAUCCUCAGCCAGUUUAAAAGCAUCCAGAGAGGGAGGAAGAUGAUGUCCGUGGAGUCGGUGCUGGGCACGCUGGAGCGGUAUUCUGGCCAGCUGGAGGAUCUAGUGCGGGAGCGCACGGAGGAGCUGGAGAGGGAGAAGCAGAAGAUGGAGAAGCUUCUGGCCCAGAUGCUGCCCCAGUCUGUGGCAGAUGCUCUGAAAGCCGGGGUGGCGGUCGAGCCCGAGUACUUUGACCACGUGACCAUCUACUUCAGUGACAUAGUGGGCUUCACCACCAUCUCAGCCCUCAGCGCGCCCAUCGAGGUGGUCAACCUGCUCAAUGACCUCUACACGCUAUUCGAUGCCGUCCUGGGCAGCCACGACGUCUACAAGGUGGAGACCAUUGGCGAUGCCUACAUGGUGGUCUCGGGGCUGCCCCAGCGCAACGGGGAGAGGCAUGCGGCCGAGAUCGCCAACAUGGCACUGGAAAUCCUCAGCUCCGUGGGCUCCUUCAGGAUGCGUCACAUGCCCGGAGUGCCUGUUCGCAUCCGGGCUGGCCUGCACUCGGGGCCCUGUGUCGCGGGCGUCGUGGGCCUUAUCAUGCCGCGCUACUGCCUGUUUGGGGACACCGUGAACACCGCAUCCCGCAUGGAGUCCACGGGGCUGCCUUACCGGAUCCACAUCAACCAAAGCACCAUGCGGACCCUGCUCCGCCUGGGCGAAGGCUUCGAGAUUGCCGUCAGGGGCCAGACCGAACUCAAGGGCAAAGGAGUGGAGGAGACCUACUGGUUGGUGGGGAAGAAAGGCUUCCAGAAGCCACUGCCCCCUCCCCUGGACAUCAAACCAGGAGAGCCCUGGCAGGACCUGGUGAACAAGGAAAUCCGAUCCACCUUCCAGACUGUGAGGGGGUGCCCCGGACGACCCCGAAGCCUCGAGGGCACGGCGGGCAGGCCCUGAAG